AAACGAAGAUUGGAUAGAAAGGGACAAGAGUACUUUAAUGAUUGUGGCUUCGCUUAUUACAACCAUGUCUUUUCAAGCUGGUCUCACCCCUCCUAGUGGAUUAUGGAUAGAGAAUUCAAGAGAUGCUGGAAUAGCAUCACCUAGUCCGAGUCCUCAAGAUACAACAGAUUCAUCAGUGACGGUAAAGGUCCCGGAUGAGGGUUAUUACCCUUAUAUGGUGUCCAAUACAUUUGGGUUUGUAGCAUCUUUGAGCAUCAUAUUACUGUUGAUAAGUGGCUUGCCUUUAAGAAAGAGAGGUUUAAUGUGGAUAUUGAGGUUUAUCAUGUGGAUUGCCAUUUCUGCAAGCACAUACACUUACAAUAUAACUAUCCAAGCCUUUGCCGGAGACAGCGCGGUCGUUGACCUCGAAUUCUUAUCUUACUCACUAAAUGUAUGGAUGGGAGUCAUGGCCCUCAUAUUCAUUAUCCAUGCAAUCCGCUUGAUGGUGAAGGCUGUUAGAAAGCUGAAACAAUUUAUUGCCAAGAAGAGUAAUGAAUGAAUUCCAGCUAGUGUAAUAGUAAUGUCCUAGCUAGUGUGAACAAGUACAAAACUCUAUCUCAUUUAUCUGAGGAUUCAUGAUCUCCAUGAUUGUAUUAGUACUCUAACAGUCUAGUACUUAUUUUAAAAUAUUUAAGUUUUAAACCUCUUUGAAUAGUAAUAUAUUGGUUGACAGAUUUAAGUUAUAUAUAUAGAUGAUAUUUU